AUGCUCCAGUCCGAGGCCGAGGCGGAUAGCAGCACCACGUUACGAUGUGGUGUUCAAGGCCCAGAAAAGAGGAUAGGAGGGCAGCUCACAGUCGACGGAAAGCCGAACCUGUCCCUGGCCGUUUUGGGCUAUGGUGAGGCCCAAUUGUGUGCAAGCCUGAAACGCUCUUUGGCUGGAGGGGCUCCAAUGGAUCCCUGCCAGGUCAUCGCGGGGAGCCAAGGUGGGUUUCUUGCUGGGCGGAUGGGGCGUCCGUGA